GUGAAGUGGUGUGAAGUCUGAUCCAAUGAGGCGACCGGAUUGCUCAUUUCUAUACACAAAUCGCAUAAUUCCAUCACUCGUCGCAACUUUUAGUUUUUGAUUAACAACUAACCGAUAUCGCUUUCUCUUUGAAUGAGUCGCGAAAAUCAAGAAAUUGAUGCAAUUUCUUAUCGUGUAUUUAAUUCUGAGUAUAUGGAUAGAUUAAGAUUGAGAAGGAACAAUGUCAUUGACGUCAGCAGCUACUCCUCGAAAAUUGCCAAUCUUUGUGUUUCCACAAAGUAUUACAUUCUACUUGGACGACCAGUCCACCCACAAGCAAGUGUUAACUUUGUAUAACCCAUAUGAAUUCCCUGUAAAAUUCAGAGUAUUAUGUACUGCACCAUACAAAUAUCAAGUGGUUGAUCCAGAAGGUAUAAUAAAAGCUAGUUCUUGCGUUGAUAUUGUUGUCAGACAUACAGCAAUCUUGACAAAUAACUGCAAUGUAAUUGAUAAAUUCAGGAUACACAUGCACGAAUAUCCUAGUAAGCAGAUAAUUGGAAAAAGAGACGUAGAAGCUAAACUUCUCCCUGGAACAGUAGAUACAGCUGGGAGAACAACACCAGAUCCAGAUGUGUUUCAACAACUUCCAAUAAAUGAAAAUAGGCAACAAGAAUCCUAUGCACUCAUAGGCCGAAAUAAAGCAGUAGACAGAGGUACGAAUUAUGUAGCCCUUAUUGCAGGAAUUAUAUGUAUAAUUGGAUUGCUUCUACCCACUGAGGGAGAACAAAAUUGCAGAAUGCCUGAUUAUUUGCAUCUCUCUGUGAAUUUCAAAUUAAUAUUCUCAUUUGUAUUAGGUAUGGUUGCGAAUAUCGUUUUAGGACUAUAAUUAUUAAAGUUUUAUACAAUUGACAACUUUAUACACAGGAUAGAGGUUCCUAGGAUAAAAGCACAAUUAUCACAA